CCGCCUUUGCGUCCUCAAACAAGCAAUUCCUCAAGACACAAGUCAAGAUGGCUGAUUCCUCUGUCACCGACCCCGCUCUCGCCGCUGAGCUCAAGAAGAAGCGUACUUUCCGUACCUUCUCGUACCGUGGUGUCGAGUUGGAGAAGCUCCUGGACAUGAACAACGAAGAUUUCGUUGAUCUCGUGCACGCUCGUGCCCGUCGUCGGUUCCAGCGCGGUCUCAAGCGCCGCCCCAUGGGCCUGAUAAAAAAGCUGCGCAAAGCCAAGACGGAGGCCCCGCCAAAUGAGAAGCCCACCGCUGUGAAGACACACCUCCGUGACAUGAUUAUCGUUCCCGAGAUGAUUGGCAGCGUUGUCGGUAUCUACAACGGAAAGGUCUUUAACAACGUCGAGAUCAAGCCUGAGAUGACCGGUCACUACCUCGCGGAGUUCUCGUGCUCGUACAGGCCCGUCAAGCACGGUCGCCCUGGUAUCGGUGCCACACACUCCUCCCGAUUCAUCCCUCUCAAGUAGAAGCGCUUGCUGGUUUCUCUUGUCCUACCUCGCAUAAAAACUGUGGCCCAUGCAUGCAUUAUGAUUAUGACUGCCCUUUGAUCUGGAGAGUUUGGUCUGCAAUGAAAGAGGGGCGCCGAUCUACUGUCAUUCGAGUCAUUGUGGACUGUCCCAGCCACUGUCCUCUUGAACGACUGACUGUUGUC